AGUCUGUACCGAUCAAAGUCACAAGCUGAGACUAGCAGUAGAUGAGUGGUAGUGCAAGAAAAGGAAAAGCUCUCAAAUCUCUUUUAUAGGGUUCUUUUCCUCUUCAAAGUCUUUCUCUCCCAUUAUCAUUUCUCUGCCUUUCACAUUUCCCAAUUCAUCUCUCUCAAAACCACUCCCAUCCCAUCUUCACUCAGUUUCAAAUUCAAAUCCAAGGAGCCAUGAAGCUUAACAAUUGGUAAGAUCUAAAGUGGGAAGCUAGAGAGGUAAUAGAAUUUGAUAAUGCCAAGGCAAAGUCGGGCCGCCAUGGAAGAAUUGCUUCCAGGAAAAAUAAGGAAACGUGGGUGUUCCUCUUCGGCGUCUUCUUCGUCUUCGAUUAUUCAAAACUACAGAUUUAAGAGAGCAAUUUUGGUCGGGAAAAGGGGCGGAUCCAGUACGCCUGUGCCCACGUGGAAGCUGAUGGGAACGGCGAGGACCCCAUCGUCGGCAUUGCGUGCCGUGGACUCUCCCAAGUACGCUGCCUCACUAAACGGCGGUGUUGUCAAGGGGAAGCUGCAGCAGCAGGCGGCGCCAGUUUCCGCGAGAAAGUUGGCGGCGACGCUGUGGGAGAUGAAUGAGAUGCCAUCGCCGAAAAUGAAGGAGGUUGUGGCGUCGGAGGAGAGGAGGUUAAGAAAAGGGGCGAGAGCCAGAGAGAGGGCGAACAGGUCUGUGCAUUCGGGUUCUUUGCCUCCCCAUUUGUCUGAUCCAUCUCAUAGUCCCGUCUCCGAGAGGAUGGAUCGAUCUGGAACUGGCAGUCGCCAUAGAAGAGUGUCAUCAAUUUCUCAAAGGCUUAGGCUUACAGACCACUGUGUUGGGGCAUUUGAUUCUAUUAGCAAUGCCAGUUUAAUGGAGAUUGAUACUAGAUCUCGAGCCCAAACUCCUACCGGAUCUACUAUUGGAGCUAAGACUCAUCUGAAGGAUGUCAGUAAUGCUUUGACCACAUCUAAAGAAUUGCUUAAAAUUAUCAACCGUGUCUGGGGUAAUGAAGAUCGGCCUUCAUCAAGCAUGUCUCUUAUCUCAGCUCUCCAUGCUGAGCUUGAGAGGGCUCGCUUGCAGGUCAAUCAUGUUAUCCAAGAACAGCGUUCAGACCAGAAUGAUAUGAACUAUUUAAUGAAGUGCUUUGCUGAAGAAAAGGCAGCAUGGAAAAACAAGGAGCAGAAAGUGGUUGAAGCUGCUAUUGAGUCCAUUGCUGGAGAACUUGAGGUAGAGAAAAAGCUGAGAAGAAGGCUUGAAAGUUUGAACAAGAAGCUUGGGAAAGAACUAGCUGAGACAAAGUCUUCUCUGUUGAAGGCAGUGAAAGAACUUGAGAAUGAGAAGAGAGCAAGAGUUGUAAUGGAGCAAGUAUGUGAUGAAUUAGCGAGGGAUAUAGGUGAAGAUAAAGCUGAAGUUGAAGAACUGAAGAGAGAAUCAGCUAAACUUUGUGCAGAGGUUGAGAAGAAAAGGGAGAUGAUGCAGUUGGCUGAUGUAUUACGUGAGGAGAGAGUACAUAUGAAACUUUCAGAAGCUAAAUAUCAACUUGAGGAGAAGAAUGCAGCUGUAGACAAACUGAGGAAUCAACUUGAAGCUUUUAUAGGACCCAAAAGAGCCAAAGAAAAAGGUCGUGCUGCUUAUCAUGUGAAUGAAGAGAUUGCAGCUUAUUUGAAUAAAGCUCGUUCAUUGUCCCAUCAGAAUGAGGUAAAUGAGGAUGAUGGAGGAGAAGUAGAAGAUGGGGUAGAAUGUGAGGAUGACUCAGCUGACAGUGAUCUUCAUUCCAUAGAAUUGAAUAUGGACAACAAUAAUAAAAGCUACAAAUGGACAUAUCCUUCUGGAACUCCUUGUGAUUUGAGGAAGGCGGCAAUUGAUGAAGAAGAAAUCAAAGGGAGGAAGUCUACCUCGAGCAAAGCACCUAGGAGAAGUACUUCUCUGCAAAGAAGCGUAUCAGAUGGAGUUGAAUGGAGCACCCAAAAUGAGAGGCUCUCAAUUACAGGGGAUGGGAUGGACUGGGGGGGAUUAUCUGAACUUGAAAGACAUCUGCAAGGAAAAAGUUAUGCAGAUGAACUUGCAGAUGAAAUGCAUGGAUAUCAAACAGUGAAGGGUGUCAGGGACUAUUUGUUGUCUAGUUCUAGGAUAGAUUCUGCUAGAAGUUAUGGUAGUCCUACCCGCCAAGUAGGGCAGCGGCCUCUGCGAGAUCCCAACAAUGCAGCUCAAGAGAGACCCCCUACAGCUCCAGGGAAUGCUUCAAAAUCAAGACUAGGCGAGGGCAUUAAUGGAAGAAAAUCCAAGUGGUGAGUAAAGCAGGGAGUAAUCUUGAGGCAUCACUAGUUAGAGGCCUAAAGCAAGAAGAAUUAGGCAGCGAGAAGUAAUUUUUUGUCGAUUAAUCUACUUGCCAUUUUCGAGCCACUAAAGCUGCAGCAAUCGCUUCACACCAUGCAUUUAACUUUUGGCAAUUAGCUAGAUCGUUUGUGUUUACGGGUACUUGUAGAAAAAAAAACGUUUUGAUCAUCAUUGCCAAGUUUUCCUGUACAAAAGCUUCUGGUACAAAGGUUAACAUGCUAGAAGCAUUUAAAUUAUGCUUUGAUAUGUUGUCUUC